UGUGGCUGGCGUGUCACGUGAUCGUCCUGGGUGGAAGCAGCAUGGAGCGUACGAGUGCGAAGCUCCUCCACAAACUCCACUUUUUUUGCACUUAACGUUAGUUCGUCUUUAUUUUCAAUCUGCCACCGUGGACGUACGCGUAAUAAAGGCUGGAAUAAGAUCGCAGGAUGGACGAAGGGAAUAAACUUCAGUUCCCGUCCCUGCCAGUCGCCAAAGAAGAGCAGUUGGACUGGGCUUAUCCAAUGAGAAGAGAGAUGCAGGAAAUCCUCCCAGGUUUGUUUCUUGGACCCUAUUCAGCUGCUAUGAAGAGCAAGCUCUCAGUGCUGGAGAAGCAGGGAAUAACUCACAUUGUGUGUGUGAGACAAGACAUUGAGGCCAACUUCAUAAAGCCAAACUUUCCCCUUAAAUUUAGGUACCUUGUUUUAGAUAUAGCAGAUAACCCUGUGGAAAAUAUAAUUAGAUAUUUCCCAAUGACAAAAGAAUUUAUUGAUGGAUGUUUAGAGACAGGAGGGAAGGUACUUGUUCAUGGAAAUGCAGGGAUAUCAAGAAGUGCUGCCUUAGUUAUUGCCUACCUUAUGGAAACAUUUGGUGUAAAAUACAGAGAUGCCUUUAGUCAUGUACAGGAGAGACGUUUUUGCAUUAAUCCCAACGUAGGCUUCGUUCAUCAGCUCCAGGAAUAUGAAGCAAUAUAUCUUGCCAAGUUAACCAUCAAGAUGAUGUCACCCAUUCAGUUGGGAAGGUCUUACUCCAUCCAAGCUGGGAUGCCAGGAAGUCUAAAGCGAACACUAGAGGAGGACGAAGACUUCGGGAGUAUGCAAGUCACAGCAGCACAAAACGGAUAGGCUUUACUAAAAAGCGCUUAACCGCAGCAGACUUUUCUUUAUACAUUUUUUUUAUUGGGAUUAAAAGUGUAAAUAUUUGUACAGGGGGGUUGGGAGGGAGUGACUGCUCCUUGUUAUUCUUGGAGUUAGGGAAGAUUUGAUAUUUUUUCUUUUUUUGAGCUGUAUGCACUGAAAUUUUUUGCAGUUUUAUAGUAUUUAAAGCAUUUUGCAUUUGCAGCGGGACAGUAUUGCAAUAAUGCACUUUUGAUACUUGAACUACUGUUGCUGAUACGAUGGGAUGGGGGCAUCCGAGAAAUUGGACUGUCACUGCCGUAAUAAAUGAAUUGGUGGAACGAAACAGUCUUCAGGUGGAAAUGAAUUAAGUUUGAAAUAUGUUUGCCAUAGAAUUAACAUCCCACUGCUCAAUAAAAGAUGGCUACUCA